GUUAUUGAAAAUAAUAACAAAUUUAUUACAAUGACAUAUUUUAAUAUGAUACAAUCUAUAACAUUGGAAUUAAGACCUAGACUCCAAAUAUGCAAUGCUUUCAUCCACUUGCAAAUGAAAGUAAAUUCUGCGAUAGUUGGGAUCAAACUUUUAGAAGAAAGUAUUGAAAUUAGUAUAGGAAACAAAAUAUUAAAAUUGUUAGUGAAAUCUAUAAAAUUAAUACCAAAUUCAUUGUCUGCGUUAAAUAUAAUAAAUAAUUGGAUUUCUUUUCGUUUGCAAAUUAAAUCUGAUUCUGCUUUUGGAUCUCUUCAAACAGAAUUGCUUAAUAACUCUUUGCCAAAGAUAAAUUUUCCAAAUGAUUUUGUAGCUUCUUAUGAUUCAGAAAAUGAUGAAUUACUUAAUACAUCUCAUUGCCACAUAUUAUGUACAUGCUGUAAAAUUACACUUUCUAAAGAAGUAGUUGUUAAGAGAGUAUUGCCUGUGCCAGAUCUGAAUUAUGAUCCAAGCGAAUGGUUUUGUUGCAAACACGAUCAUGAUACUAUAACGCAAAAUUUGAUACCUUCGGAAUCCGAUAUCUUUUAUGGGCCAUUUUUUGUUGUUGUCCACAUGGGUAUAUUUAAUGAAAAUUUAAAAAUAGAUGGAAAUAGUAUAAUUUGCAACAGAUGCUUGCAAUAUUUGGGAAAGGUUGAUAAAAAUAAUUCGCUUAAACUGUGGAGUUACUCUAUUGACUACAGUUUAUCCAAUAAUUUAAAAACAAAAAGUGCAACUGAUCCUUUCACUGACUUUUUAAUAGCUAUAAAAACUUCAAUGACUGGUAUGUUUGGCGAAGAAAUAGUUUUACAGUCCUUCGUGGGGAAAGAAACUCAUUGCCUUAUUCUAAAACCAAUGGACUGGAAUUUAAAUUUAAUGAUAGAGCCUAAAAGAAUUUUAACUAAUAAUAUCGUAACUUUGCAAAAAGUAUCUAUUGUUAAAGUAUUAUAUAAAUAUGAGACAAAUAGAAGUAUCACAGAUUCCAUGAACAAAUCAUACUGCGAAGUAGGUUUAUCAGUGAUAAAAAUUGGUUUAGAACAUUUAGUACUAUCAACAAAACGAUUUCCAAAACCUCAUAGAGUCGCAUCCGAUUACUACAUCGGACACAUAUAUUUGGAGAAACCAAUAAAUGAAAUUUAAUUAUAUUUCUAAUGUUUCUAUAAGAAACUAAUUUUUAUUACUCCAUACAAAAACAAUAACUUUUAUCCAAAUUUUUUUAUUUCAAAUAAAAAUCUCAUAAUUGUAAUUUUAA